UCAGCGCUCAUAGUGAUGUUAAACCGGCGAUAUAUUUUUAUUUAAACUCAUACUUAAAUCUGAUUGCAUUCGUUUAUACGUAUUUACAGGUAUAAAUUCGAUGGGUUCACUAGUCAAGUGAUAUUUAAUUUUUAAACUCUGAACUUAGUGUUGCACAACAGUCGUUAUCUUUACACGAGCUUAAAUUCUUGGAUCGUGGCUGCAACCCGAGAUGUCGAGCCACGGCUCUGAUGAGGAAGAAAAGCCUUGUCGGGCGUGUUCCGAUUUUAAAUCAUGGGCCAAGUCGCAGAAGCCCCCGAAACCUGGUGCUCCGAAAAAGGAUUCUCCUCCCAAGCCAACCCGGAAGGACUGCCCGUUAGACAAGGAAGAUCUUGGGCAGGCAACAUGGGGCUUCCUACACUCCAUGGCCUCCUACUACCCGGAGAAACCCACAAAGGCUCAGGCCAAAUCUAUGACACAGUUCUUCAAUAUCUUCUCCCAAUUUUAUCCUUGUGAGCCAUGUGCAAUAGAUUUUAGAGAAGAUUUAAAAGAAAACCCUCCACAGACAGAAUCGAGAAACGCGCUAGCACAAUGGCUGUGUGAGCGACAUAACACAGUGAAUGAGAAACUUGGUAAACCUGAAUUUGACUGCAGCAAAGUGCAUGAGAGGUGGAAAGAUGGCUGGCUUGAUGGCUCCUGCGACAGCUAAUACCCAUAACUAGAAAAAAGUGUACUUUGAAGUGAAACAAUACCUCGAGAGACUAUAAUGUAGUCAUAUAUUUGCUGCAAUAUUAGCUUCAGUGUAUGAUGAUAAUAUGCUUCAUAUUUAUAAAUAUAUUGAACUUAGUCACAAAUCCUUGCAAAGCAAAUAAUUCGUUUGGUUGUAUGAUUUUAUUCAUUACAAGAAUAAAAUUAUUUUAGAUUUGAGUUUUUAACUUUUGUAAACUGUUUUCAUUGUUAUGCCACAAUAAUAUGAUUUGAUAAUACUUGUAAAGGACUGAUGCUUUUGUUAUUUGUGUGAAUUUAUUCACUUUUGAAUACUUGGUCUAUUUGUUGCCUACAUAAAUAAUACAACCUACUUUGCUGGUUGUUUUAAAUGACAAGUAUGAAGAAAAAGUAUAAACCUUACCUUUUAUUUUACCUGCUUUAUUUAAUUUUAUGUAGUUACAUAAGAUUUAAAAUUGUAUUGUGCCUGAUAAGUCCAAGUGUUAUUUAUUUAUUAUUUAGUUUUUUGGUGACAUAAACAUGUUAAAGCUUG